UCCUCUCCACUAGGCGCCGCUAGUGUUUUAUACAAACAGCUGUUCCGCUCUCUCUGGAUUUCUUGGUUUGCAGCACGGAAGUUUUAUAACAGUAGAGCUAUGUGUACAGUCCAAGCAGUGUCAACAUGAGCUAAUGUUAUUUUCUAUCUAACCUCCAGCUUCACAACAGUCAACAAAAAUGGUCAAUAUCGGUCUUACCAAAGUGGACGAUGCGGUGGCAGCGAAACACCCUGGUUUACAGAGUUAUACUGCCUGUCAGUCUCGUGCCUUCAUGAAGGGGACUGGGACCUUUAUAGUUGGCGCUGGCGCUUUAUUUGCCGUUCAGAGUGUUCUCCAGAAGAAGCUUCCUUAUCCUCUUCAGUGGAACCUACUAAUUUCAAUACUGGCGUCAUCAGUAGGAAGUUAUGCAGUGACUCGCUGGGAAACGCAGAAAUGCUCAGACCUUUGGAUCUUACUGGAAACAGGAAAAGUCCCGGACAGAUCUCCACCUCAGGUGUCUGAACCAGCGCUAUCAACAGGACCUGAGAAGACAAAAUACGGUGACGUGAUGGACUGAACAUAGCUUUAUACACACUGUGUAUCUACUAUAUAUAACUACAGACAGCGCUGGAUGUGAGAUAGUACAUAUUGUGUUUAACUGAAUCCUGGUGUUUUGUUCACCUCCACUUCUGCAAUACACCACAUGAAUGAAGUCAUUUUUCAGUGUCAGAGUUUUUUGGAGCUUUUGAAUUUCAUAACGGCAUUACUGUGUGGAUAAACAGACGUGUUUCCCGAUUCAGAGGUCAGGAAUUAGUUUUGGUUUUUUGGUGGAAUCCGAUGUUAAGCUUGUGAGCUGGUAUUACUUUUUGGAUGCGUUUGUUUGACAUGCAACGGUAUUAACACAGCACUACCAAAACCAACCACUAGUUGUCACUGUUUACCUCAUGGUGGGUUAACCAAACCGGUAAAUGACCAGUUUCUGAUUUCAAGCGCAUGAUCUAAAUUACACAUUGAUCAUUUUAAUCCUGUAUGCGUCUAAUACACAUGAAAUAAUUUGCUGUUGUUGACACUUUAAUAUUCAUUCAUCCGUCUUCAGUUCAGUGAUGCUGUAGUGAACUCUGCAAUAUCUCAGGAUGACUAAAUCUGUGCAAAAACAUACAUUCAUGUGGUCAUGUGUUGGUUUAUGUAGCAGUCAUUGCAGAUGCUGUAUUUUCAGGAUUGUUUAAUAAAAUAAUUGUAACUGGA